AUGAAUGGUAACAACAAGGCAGCUGACUACGAUGAGUCCUUUUCGCGUUUCCUCUACAACAAAGACAGAGGCACUGUACUGGGCAGAACAGCAAAGUCAUGGUGUCAAAUCACCAUUUUCUAUAUAAUAUUCUACUCAUGCCUAGCAGCUUUUUGGAUUGCUUGCCUUGCGAUAUUUCUCAAUACUCUUGACUCAAAGGUGCCCCGCUUUUACGGCAAAGGAACCAUAAUUGGAAUCAAUCCCGGAGUUGGCUAUCAACCCUGGCUCAAAGAAAAUCCAGAAUCAACCCUCAUAAAGUACAAUAUGAGGGAUGAGCAGUCGUGGCAGCCUUAUGUAAAACAGCUGAACGAAUACUUGAAGAAGUACGAAGACAUCAAUGGCACGAGGGAAUGCGGCCCAGGCGAUAACAAUAGUGAUCUCGUCAAUGAUGGUGUUUUGCCUUGCCGUUUCGACCUUACAAACUUCACAGCAGCCGGAUGUGGUCCCGACAAACAGUACGGCUACGGAAGAGCUGGCAGUCCAUGUGUUGUGCUGUCAUUGAAUCGUCUUAUUGGAUGGCAGCCAGUGGACUAUGCACCCGAUUCCGUGCCGGAAAAUGUUAAAGGGCGCUACAAGAGCGGAUCAAUCGCCAUGUUUUGCGAUGGAGCUAAUGAUCCGGACAAAGAACAUAUCGGUCGUCUGAAGUACAUUCCGGAACAUGGGAUAGACGGAAGGUAUUAUCCGUAUGUGUACGUGCCGAAUUAUCACCAGCCAAUUGCAAUGGUGAAGUUUGAAUCGCUGCCACGUAACAAGCUCGUUUUGGUGGAAUGUCGUGCGUAUGCAUUGAACAUUGAGCACGACAUCACGUCGCGACUCGGACUCGUCCAUUUCGAGUUGUUUCUCGAGGAUAAAGUAGUCGAAACGAAACCGUCUUCAUUGUGA